GAUUCCGACCAGUAGGAACAGUUUGGAGCUGUGAGCCUGUGAACCAUACGAUGCAUCCGAUGUCCCGUUAGUCCGCUUUGCAGCGCCUUUUUAAAAAAGUAUUUAUUGCUAUUACCGGUAGUUUAGUUUCUCAGAGUUGUGUCCGCUUGUAGGGGAAACAUGAGUCCACACUUUGCUGCUGCUUUUUGUUUGGCUUUAGUUUUUCUUCCUCCGGUGAGCGCCUCAUGUCCUCUGCAAUGCAGCUGCUUCUUCCACAAGCAGAGCGACGGCUCUAAAGCAAGGAGUGUGCUCUGCAAUAAUCCAGCAAUCUCUUCUGUCCCAUCAAAUUUCCCCAUUGACACAUCAAAGUUGCGUAUAGAGAAGACAACUAUUUCACGCAUUCCCAACGACAGCUUUCACUACCUCAACGAUCUGGAGUUUCUCUGGAUGUCUUUUAAUUCCCUGAACUCACUGAAUGCUGGUAGUUUCCGGGGACUUUGCAACUUGGAUGAGCUCAGGUUGGAUGGAAACUCUCUCACAUCCUUCCCCUGGGAAUCUCUGACUGAGAUGCCGAUCUUGAGGCUCCUCGACCUCCACAACAACAAGAUCUCUGCCAUCCCUGCCUCGGCCAGCACGUACAUAAAGAACAUCACCUAUCUGGAUUUAUCAAGCAACAGUCUCACCACUCUCCCAGCUGAUGUCCUCACGUUGUGGCUGAGUGUGAAGCCAGCUCAAGACUCCGAUUCCUCCAAAUUAAUUCUGGGUCUUCACGACAACCCCUGGUUGUGUGACUGUCGACUGUACGAUCUGGCUCAGUUUCAGAAGUCCCCCUCAUCGUCCGUGGCUCUCAUCGACACUGGGUUGAGGUGUUCUGAUCCAGAAAGCCUGUCGGGUGUUUUUUUCAACGAGGUGGAGCUGCAGAGGUGCCAGCUGCCCCGGGUGCACACGGCCGUGGCCCGUGUCCGAAGCUCUCUGGGCAACAACGUCCUACUGCGCUGCGGCACGUCUGGAGUCCCCAUCCCCGAGCUGUCCUGGAGCCGUGCUGAUGGCAAGAAAAUGAAUGGCACAGUUCAAGAAGAGAUUUCAAAGGAAGGCAUCAUUUGGUCAAUCCUGAGUGUGCCUGCAGUCGCAUACACAGAUUCUGGGAAAUAUGUGUGCAAAGCAACCAACUUUGUGGGCGCCACAGAUGCUAUAAUCUCCUUGGUGAUCACGGACUCCAUCCAGUCGGAGGAAUCGCUUGGUGGCGUUUCUCGGAGAGGAAGAGGGAGGAAGGCUGGUGCCGUUGGAAGGGCAGCAUACCAGGAGAAACUCAUUGCCAGAUAUGUUCCCCCACCUACCAGAGCUCCUUCCCAGCCCAUUAUUGAACCUCUUAAUAGCAAAGGUGUGACUGGGAAGUAUGAGGUUGAGAGCUACAGUGUCUCUGACGAUGGUUCACAGAGUAAACUGCAAGACCCCAAGAAGCCGGGGAAGGGGGUUCAAGAUGCUUUAGGUAACUUAACAGCCAAUGCUUCAUCUUUACAGCAAGCUCCUGAGAAGAGAGUGGUGCGCUCUGUGAAGGUAAUUGGAGACACUGACCACACGGUCUCUCUGAACUGGCGAGCACCCACUGCCACAAAUGUAACAGAAUUCAGCGUCCUAUAUGCCGUUUUUGGAGACAGAGACAUGCGGCGCAUCAAUGUUAGUGCUGGAAAGAACCGGAUUACCAUCGAAGGCCUUGUGCCAAAAACAAAGUACAUUGCUUGUGUUUGCGUCAAAGGACUGAUACCAAAAAAGGAGCAGUGUGUAAUCUUCUCAACAGACGAGGCCGCCAGUGCCAGUGGCACUCAGAAGCUCAUCAAUGUGGUGGUGAUAACGGUGGCGUGCGUGAUCGCCGUCCCCCUGACGCUGAUCGUGUGCUGUGGGGCACUAAAGAGACAUAUCCAAAGACUGUUGGGGCGACAACCAAAGGACAUCCAGGACUCGUAUGUCACAUUUGAGACUCUUGGCCCAGGGGGCAAACCUAAAGGGAUGGAAGGCGAAUAUCUGACCAGGCUAAAUCCUGAUGAAUCCAACAGGCUGCUGUCAGCCAGGACCAGCCUAGAUUCAGAGGCCAUAGCCAGGACUGAAGGCUUACCUAAUGAGUAUUUCUGCUAAAACCAAACAGAACCUCAAUCACCGCUGAAUACACUUUUGUUUUGCCUCUGGUGUUGCUAGAUAAAGUGCUGGGCUGCUCAGAGACUCAUUAACCUCAAAUGUGUCUCUAUUAGGGGUCUUCAGAGAUCACUGUCAGCCCUGGAUGUACUGUAUGAGAUUAUUUUACAGCCUUUUUGGAAUAAAACCAGCCAAUCAUUUGGCUGAAAGCAAAAAAAAAAAGGGAAGAUAAUUACAACGACAUGGUUUAAAUAUUGCUAUGAGUGAUUGCAUUUUUGUUACGUUUCUUUCAUUUUGUCACGGACUGUUGAAGGUGAUUUGUUUGAUGAGAAAAUUGUCUUGAUAACCUAAACUCUCAUAAACCCAAUACAUUUUUUUCUCUUUCUUUUUUUUUCAGGAAUUAACUUCUUUAUGUUGAAAUUUAUAUUUAAAACAGAAAAUGUUUAGAGAACCAGCAGUCUGUCAGUCAGUAUGAUGUUAAUGUGCCAGGUUUACUGUUGGCUGUGAAACCUAAUAUACAAUGCAUUUUAUAACAUGUAAAUAUUUAUAACCUCGAAUUUAUGUGUAUGUGCAAAUAUACUCAAUGAAAAUAAAUAUUUUUUAUAUGGA